AGAGGGGGCUGGCUGUAAACAGGAACUUGUGCAGAGACUGGGCUGCCUUCUUCAUUCCCUCCAAGCCCAGAUCUCUCUGCAUUCCUCCCAUGCAGCUGAGACCUCCCUGCUUUCCAGCGUCCGAGCUGAGGUCACGCUGCCUUCUCUUGGACCCUCGAUCUCUGCCUUCAGGACCCCAACUCUGUGAGUGCAGGUCCCAGCCUUCCCAGCUCAGCCUGCAGAGGACCAAGGCCUGACCCAAGCAGAGAACCUGGAGCCAGAGGGAAGGACCACUGGGAGCUGCAGAUCCCAGCCCAGCUGGAGGAUGGAGAGUGCCUGCUAACUGCAAACCACAAGCUUCUGUUUUCCAGUCUUUCUUCAAGCUGUAGGCUCCUUUGAAGUAAUACUUUUGGUUGCAAAACUCAUCAGCUGCAGAGCAAGGACUUCUGGUUGAUGGACACAGGAUGAAUCUGGGUCACAAAAAACUGGGAGGAGAAUGGGUGACAUUCAAGGAUGUGGCUGUGGACUUCACCCCAGAGGAGUGGGGCCUCUUGGACCAUCCUCAGAAGGAGCUCUAUAAGGAGGUCAUGCUGGAGAAUGCCCAGAACCUGCUGUCCCUGGGUCUGCCAGUUCCCAGAGAAGAUCUCCUCUGUUAUUUGGAGGAAAGGGAAGCACCAUGGCUACUGCACCAAGAAGGCCUGAGGAGCUUUUGUCCAGAAGGAGAUAUUACAUAUAAAAUGAAAGAGACUACUGCCAAGCUAAAUAUUUCUGUGAAAGAAAUUCAUGAGGAAAGUUUCAUAAGGGAUGGUCCUCAUGAUUUUGCUGGGAGACAAAUCUGUGCUGUACUUCACAGAAUCCACACAGAAGAGAAACCUUAUGAUUGUCAUCAUUGUGGGAAGGAUCUAAGUCGCCUGUCAUCCCUUAUUUACCAUCAAAAAAUUAAUACUGGAGAGAAAACACAUGAGUGUCAUGAAUGUGGUAAUGCUUUUAAUAAAGACUCAUCCUUCAUGAUACAUCACAGCACUCACACUGACAGGAAACUUUAUGAAUGUAAUUUGGGUGGAAAGGCUUGGAGAGGCAGCUCUAGUCUUGCUGCACAUCAGAAAAUUCACAGUGCAAAGAAUCCUUACGAUUGUGAUCAGUGUGGAAAGGCUUUCAAGCAGAAGUCCAGUCUUUCUGUACAUCAAAGAAUCCACACUGGAGAGAAGCCUUAUGAAUGUAAUCAAUGUGGAAAGGCUUUCAGAAUGAAAUCUAAACUUGCUAUACAUCAAAGAAUCCACACUGGAGAGAAACCUUAUGAAUGUAAUCAAUGUGGAAAGGCUUUCACACAUAAGUCAAGUUUUUCUAUACAUCAGAGAAUCCACACUGGAGAGAAACCUUAUGACUGCAAUCAGUGUGGAAAGGCUUUUCGAUAUACCUCUUAUCUUGCUGUACAUCAGAGAGUCCACACAGGAGAGAAACCUUAUGAAUGUGAUCAAUGUGGAAAGGCUUUCACACAGAGGAUCAGUCUUACUGUGCAUCAGAGAAUCCACACUGGAGAGAAACCUUAUAAGUGUCAUCAGUGUGGAAAGGCUUUCACAAUGAAGUCUAAACUUGUUAUACAUCAGAGAAUCCACACUGGAGAGAAACCUUAUGAAUGUGAUCAGUGUGGAAAGGCUUUUAGAGGAAGCUAUGAUCUUUCUAUGCAUCAGAGAAUCCACACUGGAGAGAAACCUUAUGGCUGUAAUCAGUGUGGAAAGGCUUUUCGAUAUUCCUCUCAUCUUGCUGAACAUCAGAGUGUCCACACAGGAGAGAAACCUUAUAAAUGUGAUCAAUGUGGAAAGGCUUUCUCACGGAGGACCAGUCUUACUUCACAUCAGAGAAUCCACACUGGAGAGAAACCUUAUAAAUGUGAUCAGUGUGGAAAGGCUUUCCCACAGAGGGGCAGUCUUACUUCACAUCAGAGAAUCCACACUGGAGAGAAACCUUAUGAAUGUGAUCAGUGUGGACAGACUUUUAAACAAUGCUCAAUUCUUCUUAAACAUCAGAGAAUCCACAGUCAGAGAAACCUUAUGAUUGUCAUCAUUGUGGGAAAGACUUGAGUCAACAGUCCUCCCUUAUUUACCAUCAAAAAAAAUCAUACUGGAAAGAAAACAUGAGUGUCAUGAAUGUCAUAAAGCUUUAUUGAACCUCAUCCUUCUGGGCGUCCCUAAAGCCUGGACACAUAGGAAAAUUGACAGCAAUAUGGAGUUAUUGCAUUGUAUUCACGUGAAUCUUGCAAAGCUCAUUAACCUUCACAUCACACAUGAUGGAAAUCAUAUCGAUGAUGUUAUUUGUUAAUAUUCCAAUUAAAUAAAAUGUGGUUGAAAAUUUC